AAUAGAUAACAAUUUGCUCGGGAAUCAGAAAAGAUACGACUGAGCCAAUCCGAGUAGAUAAUUGUAUAUUCAUUAGAUUUAAAGAACGACUGCCUUUGCGAGUUUAUAUCAAAGUGAGUGAGUUUACGUUAGUAAAGUUCAUGUCAUUGUAUUGGUCGCUGUUGCUUCCAAAUCGUCAUGCCGGUAACGCCCUAGAUCUUAUAACAAUUAGUCAUCUCGCAGAAUAUGCAAUGUUUAAUAAGCUUUAAUAUAAGAAAUAUAUAGUCCGUUUAAAUAAUAACAUCAUAUUGAAAAAUGGAUAGCAAGGGUAGAAAAAUUAUUGUUUGCGAUAACGGAACAGGGUUUGUAAAGUGUGGAUAUGCAGGAGCAAAUUUCCCAGCACAUAUAUUUCCAUCUAUAGUUGGACGUCCUAUUAUCAGAGCUGUCAAUAAAAUAGGAGACAUUGAUGUGAAGCAAGAAUAUUGUAUUCGUGAUGUGCUUAACAUGCCUGAUUUAAUGGUUGGGGAUGAAGCAAGCAAACUUCGGUCUAUGCUAGAGAUUAGUUAUCCAAUGCAAAAUGGAAUUGUUAGAAAUUGGGAAGACAUGUGUCAUGUAUGGGAUUAUACUUUUGGAAAGGAAAAAAUGAAUAUUAAUCCUAGAGAAUGCAAAAUUUUAUUAACAGAACCACCAAUGAAUCCUAUCACAAAUCGUGAAAAAAUGAUUGAGGUAAUGUUUGAAAAAUAUGGUUUUGCUGGAACAUAUAUUGCAAUUCAAGCAGUACUUACAUUGUAUGCUCAAGGAUUGAUUAGUGGUGUUGUAGUAGAUUCUGGUGAUGGAGUCACUCAUAUUUGUCCUGUAUUUGAAGAGUAUGCUUUACCUCAUCUUACUCGACGACUGGAUAUAGCUGGUCGAGAUAUUACAAUGUAUUUAAUAAAACUUCUUUUAUUACGUGGCUAUGCAUUUAACCAUUCAGCUGAUUUUGAAACAGUUAGAAUGUUAAAGGAAAAAUUAUGUUAUAUUGGCUAUAAUAUAGAAACUGAAGAAAAAUUAGCUCUUGAAACAACUGUUUUGGUUGAAUCAUAUACUCUGCCAGAUGGGAGGGUAAUAAAAGUAGGUGGAGAGAGAUUUGCAGCACCAGAAGCUUUAUUCCAGCCUCAUCUAAUAAAUGUUGAGGCUCAAGGAAUUGCUGAAUUAGUAUUUAGUACUAUUCAAGCAGCGGAUAUUGAUAUAAGAAGUGAAUUAUAUAAACAUAUUGUUUUAAGUGGUGGCAGUACAAUGUAUCCUGGGCUUCCGUCUAGACUUGAAAGAGAAAUUAAGCAACUUUAUCUUCAAAGAGUAUUAAAAAAUGAUACUUCGAAAUUAAAUAAAUUUAAGAUAAAAAUUGAAGAUUCCCCAAGACGUAAAGAUAUGGUUUUUAUGGGUGGUGCUGUAUUAGCAGAAAUUACAAAAGAUCGUGAAUCAGUAUGGAUUACAAGAGAAGAAUAUGAAGAAAAAGGUCUUAGUGUAUUAAAAAAAUUAGGUUCUUAUGAAUCAUAAGGAAAAUAGUUAUUGAAAUAUAGAAAAGAAAUAUACAUUUUUUUAUACAUUUGAAAUCGUUCCAAAGUGCAAAGUAUAUAUAUUUUAUAUUCAUGAUUGAUUUAUACCAAAUUAUUUCAAGUAUAUACAGGUAACAAGUAUAAUUAGAGAGGCAUAUAAUGCGGUAUCAUAAGUUUUAAAAAUAUUAAGUUUUUAAAUUAGAAUUAAUUUUAUUUAAAUACAUUAACAUAUGAUUGUAUUGGAAUUAAAAUGUUAUUAAAUUUGAUAUAAAUUGACUUAAAUUUUGUAGACUAUCCAACUAUUUCUGGAGUAUUGUAUACUCCAUAUGUGUAUAUUUGCCAUAACUCAUAUAACAUAUUUGUGGAUGAUACAUUGUAAAUAUAUUGUUUAUUAAUGCUUCAA